AUGGUUAAGUGUGAUUUCCAACAACAGCUGGGGCAACCAAAGUUUCAAAGGUUGUAUGUUUGUUUAGGAGCUGCUAAGGAAGGCUUCAAAGCUGGGUGCAGGCCUAUUAUAGGUUUAGAUGGGUGCUUUUUGAAGAGUGUUUAUGCAGGGCAAUUGUUAACUGCUGUGGGUAUAGAUGCCAAUAAUGAAACCUGGGUAAUUGCUUAUGCAGUUGUGGAAUCAGAGUGCAAGGAAUCUUGGAUUUGGUUUCUAGAGCUAUUGGUUAAGGACUGUGAGAUUGUGAAUCAAUUUGGGUUCACCUUUAUAUCCGACAAACAAAAAGGUUUACUGCCUGCUUUUGAGCAAGUGGUCCCUAAUUGUGACCACCGGUUCUGUGCAAGACACCUGUUUUCCAACUAUAGUCUGCUUUUCAAAGCAAAAAGCCUCAGAGACAAGUUUUGGGAAGCAUCAUAUGCAACCACUGUCCCCCACUUUACAAGGGCCAUGGAAGACCUGAAAAAACUGUCAAAUGAUGCAUAUGAAUGGCUAACCAGUCCUGAUAAACCUCCAAGGCAUUGGUCCAAGUCACACUUCAACACUCAUUUGAAGUGUGACAUGUUGUUGAAUAAUCUUUGCGAGUCUUUCAAUGCUACCAUAUUGGAAUGUAGGGAUAGACCAAUUCUGUCAAUGUUUGAGUAUAUUAGAUGUAAGUUAAUGAGGAGAAUACAAGGAAGAAGGGACAAAAUGCUGAAAUGGAACAAGCCUAUCUGCCCAAGGAUAUUUAAGAAGGUGGAGGGAAAUAAAGCCAAGGCAGGUGCUUGUGUGGCAAUGUGGUCAGGUGGAGGUAAAUUCCAAGUGUCAGCUGGUGGCCAUGCACAAUAUAUUGUGGACUUGGAAUUGAGAACUUGUUCUUGUAGAGCUUGGGAUUUGCAGGGAUGCCCUUGUGUUCAUGGUAUUGCAGCCAUAAAUUAUAAAGGGGGUCUUAAUGUCUUGGAUUUUGUGGAUGACUGCUAUUUGAAAACAACUUACUUGAAGACAUAUGAGAAUCUCAUACUGCCUAUGAAUGGGAUGGAUAUGUGGGAUAGGAGUGACUUUCCUCCAUGUCUUCCUCCUUCUUACUCUAAACAGCCUGGAAGGCCAAGAAAAUGUAGAAACAAAGAACAUGAAGAGUACAAGGGCAAGAUGAAGAUGAGAGCAUCAAGCAACCAAUCUGAAACUACAUUGUCUCGCAUUCCCAACACACAGGACUCUCUCAAAUGUGGCCAAUGUGGUAAAAAAGGGCACAAUAAGAGGACUUGCCAUAGGAAUCUUCCCCCAAAAGCCAAACCUGCAACUAAGAGGAAGAGGGGUACUGAAAAUACCCAGACCACUCCAUCUGACACAUCCACUCUAGCUGGUGGUCCAAGCACCCUAAAGCAAAGAUCCAAGCCUCCAAGGCGUGUGCAAAAAGGGAAGCCAAGUAAGAAAGGACAUGCCACUUCUGCAGCACAACCACCUUCCCUUCAUGUCCUCAUGCAUCAACUUCUGUUUCAACUGCAGGAUCAAAUGUUGUGCAUUGAAGCUGACUGA